CAAGAUGGAUGUUGUAAACCAGUUGGUGGCCCAAGGGCAGUUCACAAUAAUCAAACAACCUCUGGGAUUUAUAAAAAUUCUACAGUGGAUCUUUGCAAUCUUCGCCUUCUCGACAUGCGGCAGUUACUCCGGCAUGUUCAAGAUGAGCGUGGAGUGUAAUGACCGGUCGGAGAGUGACCUGGGCAUAGAAGUAGAAUUUGAAUAUCCGUUCAGGCUCCAUCAGGUUUACUUUGAUGCUCCCACCUGUAAGGGAGGGAACCCCGAACGUCUGUUCCUGGUCGGGGACUACUCCUCCUCAGCUGAGUUCUUUGUCACCAUCGCUGUCUUUUCCUUCCUCUACUCCAUGGCAGCCCUCUCUGUAUACUGCUUCAUACUGGAGAAGUACCGCGAAAACAACAAGGGGCCCCAGAUUGACUUUGUUGUGACGGCGGUAUUUGCCUUCAUGUGGCUGGUGUCCUCAUGUGCUUGGGCUAAAGGCCUGUCAGAUGUGAAAACGGCCACCGACCCAGAGAAAGUCAUCACUCUCAUCACGGCCUGUGACGAGCAAGGGAAUCGCUGCCGUGAGGUCUAUGACCCCAAGGUCUCCGGCCUCAACACCUCUGUGGCUUUUGGCUUCAUCAACCUGAUCCUGUGGAUAGGAAACCUGUGGUUUGUAUUCAAGGAGACUGGCUGGUUGGCUGCCUUCUCUGGAACAUACGUCCCAUCACAGGAAAAGCAGCCCGCCCCCGAUUCCUUCGGCCAGGCAGGCUACGGUCAGCAGGACCCCUACGCCGGCUCCCAGGGAGGCUACCAGCCAGAGUACGGCCAGCAGGGAGGCUACAAUGAGGACGGAGGUUACAGCCAGGGCUAUGAGCAGCAGCCCACCUCCUACUCUAAUCAAAUGUGAGCCUGCCCAGCCAAACCACAGCUGAAGGAUGGGUGACCUUGUGAUUUUGGAGGGUGGCUCUCGACCACCACCUGCAUUUCCACACUCCUCUGUUUGUCUGUUUGUGUAUCUGUG